AUGGAGGAACUGAGACUCUCUGGAGGGGACUCUUCGGAGUCCCUGGAAGAAUUUCAGAUGGUCCUCAGAGAGCUCGAUGGGGACACGAGUAUGGACAAGAUCCGGGAGGAGUAUGAGAAACUCAUCCUUGCCCUGAAAAAGGCUCGAGAAAAUGAAAAGAGGUUGAUGUCCAAAUGCAGGGAGCUCAAUGCGGAGAAUGUGUCUUCGUCAACUAAAGUGGCAGCUGCUCUGAAACUGUCUGAGGAAGACGAGACAACAAUAACAUCACUGAAGAGUGAGCUGGAUAAAGCUUGGAAGAUGAUUGAUGAUGCUCAUGAUAAAGAGAGAAAGUACAGUGAAAUCAUCAGGAAUCUAAAAGAAGAUGUUUCAAAUCUCACCCAAAAAAGUGAUCUUGAUACUGCCUUUUCUUCUGACCAAGGACAGAGAGAUCUACUUAAAAAGAUUGAGGAGUUGACAGAGGAGAGGGAUCAGCUGAUGAAAACCUCAGAAGAUCUCAGAGAAAAACUAAAUAAAUCCUCUGCAGCCCUGCAGCAGAUAGAGACCGAAAGAGACACAGAUGUUCAUAAAGUUUCUCAGCUCCAGCAGAAGCUUCUGGUGCAACAGAAUGAGAUUCUCAGAGAAACAAGAUUGAAGGAGCAGCUGCAAGCUGACGUGGAGGCCAAGGUGAAGGAAGUCGAAGCUCUGAAUCUGCAGGGCCAGCAGAGCAGGGAGGAGCAGCAGAGACUGGAAAUGCAGCUGAAAGAGCUGAGGGUUUUACAUGAGCGGUCCACCAUGGAGCUGGAGCAGAUCCAGCUGGAGAAAAAUGAGCUGCAGCAGCAGUGUGAGCAGCUCUCGUCAGACAAAGAACACCUCCUUCUGCAGAACCAACAGAUGGCAAACCAGCUGAAGAUAAAUGAAGAGGAGGUUGGUCACAUGCUCCAGGAUGUCACUGAACAAACAAAGAUGAGGGAAGCCAUCCAGAAGAAGCUCCAGCUGAUCGAGGAUCAGAAAGCUGAUGUGGAGGUUCAAAGGGAGACUCUGAAAGCUCAGAUAGUAGCUCUCAACGAAGAACUUGAAUCUUCUCAGAAGCAAGUGGAAGCUGAUAAAAAAGCCCAAGAAGAGCUGAUUCGUGAGAGGGAUGUCUUAAAUGAGGACAUGAUCAAAGCUGUCCAGUCAGCUGAGAACCGGGUGGAGCUCCUGGAACAGGACAAGAAGACUCUUGAGCACGAGAUCAGCAGCUAUCGGCAAGAGGGCCAAAAGCAGCGCAAGAUUAUCCAGCAGCUGGAGAAAGAAAGAGACCGCCACAUCAACGAGACCAGCGGCCUCAUGCAGAAGGUCCAACAGAAGAUGAACGAUGCUGAAGCCAAAGAGAUUGAGUUAAUUGACAGGAAAAAGGAAGUCACUGAGGCGGAGUACAAGCUCAAACAGCAGGAGAACCUGCUGGAGUCUGUUAUAUCUGAGAGAAACCUGUACAGCAAAAACCUCCUCCAGGCUAAGGAAGAAAUUGCAGAGAUGAAGAUAAGGAUGAAGACCAUGAACAACGAGGUAACUCUGCUAAAAGACGAGAUCGUCAGGAACAAGCCGGCCCUGGCUAGAGGUCAGCAGGAGACCAAGAGCUUAAAAGCCUUGAAGGGAGAACUACAGUCUAUGAAGCUGCAGCUGGAUAGUCAAAGAGCAGAACAACAAAAGCUGCAGAAGGUGAUAUCUGACACCGAGGCUGAGCAGGACCAACACAAGAAGCAGCUGGAGCAGGUGAUGAGAGAGCGCAACAACCUCAGUAGGCAGCUGCUGCAUCGUAAUGAUGAACGCGCACUGCUGUACGAGAAGAUCAGGAUCCACCAGUCCAUCCUGAACAAGGGGGAUUUCCACUACAAACAGAAACUGGAGGACAUCCACUUGCUCAAACUGGAGGUCAAGAGGCUCCAGUGUGAAAAGAAGACCUUGGACAAGAGUCUACCCAACGUUGAAGAGCUCAGGCAGGAGCUGUUCCAGCUGGAGAAAGAGCUGCUCAGAGAGAGAAGCAGGAACCCGGAGGACACCAUGAACAUCCACAGAUGGAGGCAGCUGGAGGGCUCUGAUCCCAGUAAAUACGACCUGAUCCAGAAGAUUCAGGUUUUACAGAGGCGACUGAUCUCCAAGACCAAGGAGGUGGAAAAACAGGAGCUCUCGUUGCAGGAGAAGGAAAAGCUGUACAUGGACCUGAAACAGAUUCUGGCCCGCCGGCCAGGUCCAGAGGCAGCUGAGCAGCUGCAGCAGUGUCGGUGGACAUUGAGAGACAGAAGCAAGAAGCUUAAGGCGUUGACAGCAGAGGUGAGGAUGCUUGAAUCACAAAUGGACCAGUACAAAAGUGAAAAUGAGAGACUCCACAAUGACCUGGCAGACAUUAAGAAGAAGUAUCUGGGCAACAAGAAGCUCGUCAGUGAGCAGAGAACCAGAACUAAAGUGGAGAAGAUUGGAACGCUGCCCCCACUGCCCAGCAGACCACAGUUAACCGGGGGAGGAUUCGGGAUCCAUUGGCCUGUCGGACAGUAAUGAGCAUCACCAGAUAAGCUGCUUUAGUCUGCUCACUCCACAUUGUUAAUAUCAUCUUUGAGAGAUCUCCUUUUAUUAACUU